GGUUGCAGCGGCGGCGCAGGCGGACUCCUCCACGGGGCUCGGUCUUCAAGGCUCACGGAGAGCGAAUGUCGUCAUGAGCGAACAACAGGACAGUAUGGCCACCACUGUUGCUGUCAGUCCCAGUGAAUACCUUCAGCCCUCCAACGUUUCCAUACAAGACCACCAGCCCUCUCCUCUCGCCCUCCUUGCCGCCACCUGUAGUAAAAUCGGCCCUCCUGCUGCUCAGGCUCCCGUCACCUCUCCUCCAGCUCAGCCUCAGCCUCGCCGCCUCCUCCCCAUAAAGCCUGCUCCCAUCGCCCCCGCCCCUCCCAAAAACCUGGGCUUCCUCUCAGCCAAGGGCAAUGUGAUCCAGCUUCCUGCCGGCCUGGGCUCCUCAGCGCCCGGCAGCCCCAUCGUGCUCACAAUCCAGCAGAGCCCGGCCCGAAGUAACAACUCUGCACCCGCCAACAUCCAGUACCAGAUGAUGCCUCAGAUCCAAGGGGCUCAGACCAUCCAGAUGAUGCCACAAGGAGGUCAGAUCCAACUCAUACCGGGCACAAACCAGGCCAUUAUCACCACUCCCAUGACGGUACCUUCCCAAAACGCUGCCAACACUCCCAUCACACCACAGAAGAGUUUAGCUAUCAAACCCUCCCCCAGAUCGCGUAAAUCAAACAACUCCCACGUGGUGCAGCUGCACGGCGGGAUCACGCUGCCGCUCAACGUGGCGACGGGAGAGAUGGGCGGGACUCAGUUCAUCACGGAGACAGCAGCUGCUCCAGCGAAGGGGAGAAGAGGCAGGAAGAAGAAGAUAGUUCUGAAUGCUUAUGCUCCGCCUCCUGCUCAGUCUCCCUCUCCAACAUCAGAGAUGGAGACCAUUCUGAUCGAAGCUGGAGACAACAUCAUCCAGGCGGGAAACAACCUCCUGAUCGUCCAGAGUCCUGGUCAGCCGGCCAUGGUGCAGCAGGUCCAGCUGGUUCAGUCCAAACCGGAGUCUCAGGUGGUUCAGAUCCCCCAGCAGGCUCUGAAGGUGGUGCAGGCCGCAUCCGCCACAUUACCCACAAUCCCUCAGAGACACUCAGCCCCCUCGAGCCUGCAGGUCACCCAAUCAGAGCCAACGCCAACACAGUUCCUCUUCAAAACAGCAUCAGGUGAGUGGCAGACGGUUCAGCUCCAGGACUCGGUCUCCACCUCAUCGACCCAAAACACUACGGUCGUCACCAACUCCCCGCCGCAGGCCAGCAUCAAGAGGACGCUUCAGGGCGGGAAGAAGGAACGAACUCUGGCUAAAAUCGCUCCUGCGGGGGGAAUGAUUUCGUUAAGCACGUCUCAGCUGACUUCAGCGACGCAGGCCGUGCAGACGAUCAGCAUCAAUGGCGUCCAGGUGCAGGGAGUUCCUGUCACCAUCACCAACGCUGGAGGUGAGCUGAUGAUCUUCUAUUUGUUGUAUACAGAGGUGGGAAGUAGUGGAGUACAAAUACUUUGUUACUUUACUUAA